UGUUUGAUUUUCAGUUAUAAAUUCUCUAUUGUUUAGUUGUGUUUUCUAAGCGAAAAUUUUUCUUUUGUUCGAAACAUUGAUAAUCGAAGCAAUAAAUCAAUAAUGAAUACCAGAAAUAAAAAAGGACGUGGUGCUACGAAAAAACGUGCACAACGAGCAACAUCCAAUGUAUUUGCCAUGUUUGAUCAGGCUCAAAUACAAGAAUUUAAAGAAGCAUUCAAUAUGAUAGAUCAGAAUCGUGAUGGUUUUAUUGAUAAAGAAGAUCUACAUGAUAUGUUAGCAUCGUUGGGCAAAAAUCCGGAUGAUCCAUAUCUCGAAGGAAUGAUGAACGAAGCACCGGGACCAAUUAAUUUUACAAUGUUUUUAACAUUAUUUGGUGAACGACUGCAAGGCACAGAUCCAGAGGACGUGAUUAAAAAUGCGUUUGCUUGUUUUGAUGAAGAAAAUACCGGUGUUAUUCACGAGGAAAAACUACGUGAACUUCUUACAACGAUGGGUGAUCGUUUCACUGAAGAGGAUGUGGAUGAUAUGUUUCGUGAGGCGCCAAUCGAUAAAAAUGGCCAAUUUGAUUUUGUUGAAUUUACACGUAUCCUAAAACAUGGUGCCAAAGAUAAAGAUGAUCAAUAAAAUAAUAGUAUUCAUUGGGAUCAUUCAAAUAUUAAAUAAUACAAACAAAACAUUUCCUCAUUUUCCAGAAGAUUUUUUAAAAUUAAAUUUUAUAAUUAUUUAUCGAAAAAUGUUCAACCAGAAUGGACCAACAAAAGUCGAUUGCCUUAUCGUCAACGACGAAAAACAAAAGGAAAGAAAAUACGUACACUUUCCACUAAAAUUGUAUUGUCAAACCAUCAUUAGUGUGAGAUAAAAUAAGAUAUUUAUGUGUUAA